UCAGCCGCCGCCUGCCGCGUACCGGGCCACGAGUGCGCCGCGCGAACUCCGAACUACUCAAUACAUCGCGAAAAACUAAAAGUGCAUAGUGCUGUUUGUGUUACAUGUGACACAGUGCUGUUAACACUUUUGCAUUGGAUUUUGUAACCGAGGUGCAGUAAGGAAAACCACCCGGAAAGAAAUGAAAACAAGAAAAACAUACCCUAUUAAACACCAACUGAUGUUUAAAAUAUAACUGAUCUCAAAAACUAUGAACAUGAGCAGUCUAAAUGAAGCAACCAACCUCACCCUCAACAGGAGUGACAUAGUCGACCCUAUAGCCAUCUUCGGGCCGCAAAGAGACUCACUGUACAUAGUGAUCCCCAUCACAAUAAUUUAUUCAAUAAUUUUCAUAACUGGUCUAUUCGGAAACGUGUUUACUUGCAUAGUCAUAGUGCGCAAUAAGAGCAUGCACACUGCAACAAACUACUACUUAUUCAGCUUAGCAAUCUCAGAUUUACUUCUGCUUGUGAGCGGAAUGCCUCAAGAGAUGUAUUCAAUAUGGUCAAAGUGGCCUUACGUGUUUGGGCCAGCGUUCUGUGUGAUGCGAGGCCUGGCUGCGGAGACGUCCACCAACGCAAGUGUUCUGACCAUCACUCUGUUCACUAUAGAGAGGUAUCUAGCUAUAUGCCAUCCGUUUGUUUCGCAUCAGAUGUCGAAACUCUCUCGAGCAACGAAGCACGUGCUGAUGCUAUGGGUAGCGGCGUUAGGACUAGCAUUACCUCAAGCUCUGCAGUUCGGUAUCAAAAACUACCGAGGUGUAACCAUGUGCCUACAAACACGGGUGAUCGUGGAGCAUUCGUUCGAAAUAUCUACAUUCUUCUUCUUCUUCGCGCCGAUGGUUCUGAUCACAGUCCUGUACUCGCUGAUUGGUCUGAAACUAAAGAAGACAAGUAUGAGCAAGGAGGUCCGAGAUCCAAAGCUCUUUGAACGGAGUUUGAGCUGCGCGCACAAAGCGCACAGAAAACCCGGUCAAUCUACUAGACGAGUGGUGAAGAUGUUAGUGGCAGUAGUGGUGGCCUUCUUCGUAUGCUGGGCGCCGUUCCAUGCUCAACGGCUCGUGGCGAUCUACGGUACCACGCCCGACCACAUGGCGCGGUCACCCAUCCUGCUGAAGGUCUACUACUCCCUCACCUACUCGUCAGGCGUGUUCUACUACAUGUCCACGUGCAUCAACCCUAUAUUCUACCACAUCAUGUCCAAUAAGUUCAGAGAGGCGUUCAAAAACACGUUCAGGCAGUGGUGCUGCCAGUCCGGCAAGCAGCUGGAGAUCAAGCGCUGCUCCUACACGGCCGUGGGCAUCGUGAAGAACGCCACCUCCUCGGACACAGGUAGCUCAGGGAAGUCUUUAAGAAACGAUCUCGCCCAACUACAAAGCUUGACCAAAGAAAACGGCGUGGAGACUAGCCAGUUAAUCUGCCCCGCUUGCAAGAAAGUCGUCUCGGGCAGCGGCCGCAGCAAUCAGCUCGCCGUCAACAAAAACUACAAGUUGAACAGGAAAAACAGUAUUCAACAAACACAAAAAACUUCCCUCGUCAACGAAACACCAUUCGUUAGUCUCAAAACUAGAGAGAUACCACAAAUAAUGAUCUCUACCAGAAAUGGCAAAUUAGAACGUGAACAUUCUCUAAGCGGAGCAGAUGUGACUUAAAAAUUCAUUGUCUCAAAAAAAAUAGACUGAAGUCGUAAAGAACAUUGAAGUAAUAAAGUCUUUGUAAAUGUCGAGGUAACAAGAUACGUAUAGAUUUUAUUUAGUGAGAUUGUUUUAUUGAAUGAAGACACCGCUUUUAGCAGUAGGUAAAAAUAUGUGUUCCUCGUGUGUGGUGUUUUUAAGAAUUGUGAUGUACCUACUUAAUAAGUUUAUAAUAAGUGGUGACCGUAAAAAAAAGAGAAAAUAUUGUUUCCCUUGUGCUAGGUUAAAUCAAAUACUAAGAAUAACUAGAACAUUAAAUGGAUGCGUUUUAAAAGAUGGAUUAAAAAACAAUGAUGUUUAAAAGACUGGUAAUAAAUGGAAAAAGGUAUCUCGUGUUGACUAGGGGAUGAGUGCUCGCCUAGUAGGUAUCGUUGUAAUCUUUUUAUUAUUAGACUUGUUAGUUUUGUUUUUAAUCGAUCCCAUUUGACAAUAUUUUAGUGACACGUGUAGGUAUCAUCCAAAUACUUACGCCAUAAUGUAGAGCUGAUAAGAAUUUUUAUUUUAUUUUAUUUUUCUUUAUUCAGUUUAUUUUUUCAGAAUGUAAAGUUGAUAAUAGGUACGUUAGUCUUUAUUUUUUAAGCAAAACAGACAAUGUUUGUUUCUUUCCUGCAUAAUAAGUAUUCCCGUAGUACCUAGUACCGAACUCUAUUAUCUUGCUAUGUAUAUUUCUUGUGUCUUGUACUACAAUAAUACUUACUUUUCAAAGUAUGUUAAACGCGGUGGCGGGAAACAUGUUUUCUCAUAUAACGGCAGAAAUAAUAACACAUUGAAAAUAUGUAAUAUUUUCAUUCAUUUUACUACGACCAUGACGUCUCAUUCAGAAAUCUAAAGCAUUUUUGUAAAUAAUUUCACAUUAUUAUGAAUUAACGUUUUAUUUGUUACCAGUCAUCUGAAACAAAGGGAGAAGGGUAUAUUUUGUAAGAGUUUUGUAAAUAAAAGUUAAGCAGUUAUUGUUAUUAGGUACUGAAUAAUGUAAAAGUAUUUCCUAACUAUUGUUUUUACAUAUUUUUAUAAAUAACUAAAGUUCUCUUCCGCUGUGUCUCUAGUGUCACUAUGAUGUCACCUGUGUACUUACCAUGAGUUUACGUUAGGUGUGCUCGCUAGCUACUCGUAUGUACGUCAAAAAAUUAUAUGAAGAUUUUAUUUCUUGAAAGUAGCCGCUACACAAUAUCUCAUACAUCAUAAUGUUAUUUUUUUACGCAGUCGCUAGCGAGCACAUCUAACGUAAACCCAUGGUAAGCACUAAGCACACUGAUCUUGAGCAAAUUGGCGAAGUAUAAGUUAUUUGUAAUUAGGUAGUAUUAUUUGUUUUGACAAUUCCUAAAGUUUAAUUCGGUAGUGCUUUGGGAAAUCUCGUCUGAACAAUCUCAGUUAUUCCUUGCUCAAUCUCCCAGACAAAAGCACAUCAAGCUAAGUACUGAGAUACCUACUUUAUUAUGUAAUUGUGAUAGUUGCUAUUUUUCAAUAAAAAAAUAUGUAUAGCCUGAGGGCUUAGUGUGAGUUUACAGCAAACGUCAUCACUAGUGAGCGCGUAAAAAAAUGACAUUAAAUGGACGACGGAUUGUACAGCGCCCCUAGAAAACUUUCUAACUAAAAUUUUAAUAUAUGUAUUUUUAACGCGAUCACUAGUGAGGCCGUUUGAUGUACUCACACUCAGUCCACUGAUAUGCUUUCGGCUGGCUACAUUAGAUUUUAAUUAAUAAUAUUUCCGUUAAAUCCUCCAGCUUAUUUUAAUGAUUGUAUUAGGAGUGGGUUUACAAAUAUAUUUUUAUUCGAUCCAGCAUAUUCAUAUUUGAACCCUAUACCAAUGACGAACCAACAUCUGCACCUGUCUGAACUUUAGUUAGAACUAAUUUUAUGCAAACAGUUUUUCUGUGUGUACCUCAGGUUACCUGUCACCGUAAUAUUGUGAAUUCCGUCAGAUUAUAAUCUGACGUAGUUAAAUUACAAUCUAACCUAACCUAACCCACUGUUAGUUUACAAUCUUACGCGUUAUAUUAUAAACUGACGGAGUUCCCAAUUUCGCGUUGACAUACCUAUAUCUUUAGUGCCAUUUUAAAGUGCCUGAAAGAAAAAUCAAGGCAGUGUUUCCUAUGGCAGCCACUGUUUGAGGAAUCGCACUCAUCACAUUAUUACCGGAGUAUUUCUAUCCAUAAUAUUUCUUUUAUUUUUCCAUCGCAAGCAAACAACAGUUUUUUUUUCUUACGGCUCGCCUGAAAAUGAUGUUUUGAUGUUUUAAAGUUACGUAGUAGAUAGGAAUAGUAAAACAUAAAAUUCUAAUUUCCUAUUCCGAUUCCGAAUCAAAGAGGUUGAAUACUAAUCAUAUGAAUUUCGACGUUUCAAAUUCAAACAAGAUUAUUGCCCUCGAAGUUUUAAUGAAAUCCAGUACAUUACCCCUCGCAAGGGAAUUAAUGAGUUACUUUAGGUUUGUUUUACAUGACAUGAUUAGGUAUUAGACCGUUAUCAAGCAGGUGUUGUGACAGUUGAUAUGGUUCAAAGGUGAACUUGUCACAGGUUCAUUAAAGAUGAACUACACUGAACUGUCCCAUCAAACACAUUGACAGGGGGGCGCCACCGUCGUUCAACUACAUAGUUUCCAGCUUGGCAUAAAUCGGAACCAGCGAUCCGUUAUUGAUGGUGGCACCCCCCUGUCAGUGUCACGGGUGGGACAGUUCAGUGUAGUUCAUCUUAACAGCAGUAUUUAAACAAUGACGUGUAUUUUAUUUCUUUAUUUCGUAUCGAAAUGGCCUAGUCCGUUAAUAUAGUUCUUAAAAAUCGGUAGACAAUGAACAUGGGAAAUCGAUGCUAUAA